AUGCUCAACAGGUUCCUCUCCAAGUGCUCCCAUUGGUCGGAUCCCGGGGUCCUGCCGGCCUCUGAUUGGCCGAGAGCAGUUCUGGCGGAUCUGAGGGGACAGGUGGCAGCGUUUGAGUGGGCGGUGACGGACCCCACUGCCCCGGGGACAGUGGGCAGUGCAGAGUGGGGCAGUGAGAGGAGGAAGAUGCAGCGACUGGCUCUGCAGCAUGGGAACCUUCUGCUGCGCGCCAUGCUCCUGGCGGCACACGCGGAGGGCGGCAGCAGCAGCGGCAGCCCGUCCAGCCAAUCAGGGCGCUCCAUUGCCGCCCUGCUGGCAGAUACAGUGGCGGGCAUUCACACAGAGAUGGAGGCGAGGCGAAGCCAGGAGGGGGCAGAGCGAGAGGAGCAAGAGGAAGAGGGAGAUGAGGAGGAGGAAGAGGAGAGUGUGGAGCUCAGCGAGUUUGACUUCUGGGUGGAUUACAUCGCUGCUGAUGUGGCAAUUCUCAAAAGCUCUCUUCUCCUUCCUGCUGUGCUGUCACCCGCUCUCCCCUUCCACCCAACCUCUUCCUCUCUUACUUCCUCCCACCCACCAUCCCCAGGGGAAGCCUCAUCAACCAUGCGGCUUCAGGUCACCCCACAGCAGCAACCGCAGCAAUCACACCAGAACCAGCAGCAGCAGGGCGGCAGAGAGCAUGUGGUGGUGGCGUGUGUGGCGGUGCUGGCCCCCUCAGGGGCUCUCGUGCCCGGCGACGCCUCCCUGUGUGCCGCCAUGCACUCAGCGCUCAUGGCGUGCGUGGGGGAGCGAGAGGCAGAGGCGCGGCAAGUCAGGGUCGACGUGGCAGCGCACCCCUCAGACGCGCGCCUGCUCACACUCGCCAUUCGCUGUCUGGGGACCGGAGGAGAGGAGGGGGCGAGUGAGGCAGUGAGUGUGGAUGUAGAGAGCCCUGCUGUUCGCAUCAUGGCUCGUGUUGUCAAAGCGGAACUACCUCACAUGGACCCUGCGGCUCGCAUGCACGUGGUGCGCUGUGCUGCCUUCACCAACCCACCCACCCACCGCCCAAGCCUCUCCCGAACCACCGCUGACAGCUUUGGCACCAUAGCAGCAGCGGAGGCUCGGGGUGCUGAGCCUGCGCCGUGGCUCAUGCGCCGGCUGUGCCGUGUGUGCUGCCUUCCCACCCUUGCCUUGCGCUGCCAGGAGGUGCGGGUGUUUAUGGCGCAGCAGCUGGAGCCAUCAGUGCAUGUGGAUCCAGCAGCAGCAGCAGAGGUCAUGGAAGCAACUGAUGUGGCGGCUCUGGUGGCCCAGGGCACGCUGCAUCAAAUCUUCACACCCCAGCAGCUCCAGACCCGAUAUGCCUAUCCCUGCUUCGUGAAGCUCGAGCCUUCGAAGAGCUCGUCGUCGUCCGAUUUCCUCCCUCCGCCGCCCUCCUGGCCCGAGGAGUACGCGGGAGUUGCGCCGCUUCCGCGAGACGACUCCGCCGCCACCUUCCACGUGGCGGACUAUGGUGCGCAGCCCGACGGCCGCGGGGAUAGCUGGGGCGCCUUCCGCCGCGCCUUCGACGCCGCCUGCAAGCUCGCGGAGGCGGAAAGCGUGCGCGUCCGCGUGCUCGUCGCUCCGCCGUCCGCGGAAGGAUCUUCCGGGGGGAGCUCUUCCGCGGGGGGAUCAUCCAAGGAUGGCGGUAGGAAGGAUUCUGGCCGAAUCGCUAGUACGAAAAGCACCAACGGCAGUGCCGCUGGCAACGGAAUUGACACUACACUCGGGAACGACUCGUCCGCGAAUAGCGAUCCCAACAAUACCGCGGAUAACAUGCCUCAUCUGCCGACGGUCGCGGACGUCACAAUGCCGGACGUUAACGUUAACGUCAACGUCGACAAUUCGAUUGCUAACGUGGACGCGUUGAAGGGUUCCAGCAGCGGAGGCGGCAACGGCAACGGCGGGGGGGUAAACGGAAGCGGGGGAAGCGGAGCAAGCGGCGCGCACGUGGUUAGCGAUACGAUGCAGUGGCUGCUCAACCAUCGCGGAUUGGCGCAAAAGAACCACGGACUGACGGAGAGGAGGUUGGGGGAGCAGAGGCGCGGAUUGGCGGAGCGGAACCGUGUGCUGGCGGAGCGGAGCCGAGAGGCGGACGGGAACAGCGUCAAGUACUAUCUCAGCCGUUCGAUCACGGUGAACGGAUCGUGCGGCGCUGGCUUGACGCUGCAAAUCGACGACGCGACGAUCUACGGCCCAAAAACCGCAGAGGGUUAUCCCGAACCGUCGCUGUACAUUAACGAGGACAAGAUCGGCGUGGCGAGUAACGGCAUGUUCCGGUUCCUAGGGGUGACGGGGCUGGUCAUACGCGGUAGUGGCAGCCUCGACGGCAACGGCGAGGGGUACUGGGAUACCGAGGCGCACGACCGGCCGCACCUGCUGUCGCUGAUCAACUGCCGCGAGGUCAUUCUCGACAGCGUAGCGCUGCGCAACCCCCCCAUGUACCACGUCUUCUCCUACGGAAUCGACAGGCUGUGGGUGAGGAGAUUAACUACCAACGCGCCAGACGAGUCGCCCAACACGGACAGCCUGAAACUGCUCGGCGUGCGCCACGCGCUCAUUGAGAAUUGCACCUUCCACGGAGGCGAUGAUGACGUGUCACUGGUGGCACGUGGCAGCCAGGCAGUGGCCAACGUGACGGUCCGGAAUCUGAUUGCCACGUCAGGGCACGGGAUCAGCAUUGGGAGUUUGGGAGCAGGGGGGGCGGUGGCGUGUGUGUCGGAUGUGAGCUUCAAGGAUUUGAUUCUAUCGGAUUUGUCGAAUGGGUUGAGGAUCAAGACGUGGCAGGGCGGCUUGGGAAUGGUGCGGAAUGUACAGUACGAGAACGUGUACAUGACAAACAUCGAACGAGCGAUUACACUAGAUCAGUUCUAUUGUGACGACAAUCAGGACUUCCCCUGCGACCCAUCGCCCCACAACGUGGCGCUGGUGAACAUCUCGUACACCCAUGUGUAUGGCACCGCCUCCAAGUAUGCGAUGGAUAUGGAGUGUAGCGAUACGGUGCCCUGCACUGGGAUCUCCCUCAACAAUGUCAAGCUGGGGGGGACAAGCUCAAGCACCAAGGAGCCUGUUUUCAAGAACAUUCUGUCGAGCCAUGCUGUGGGUGAUGUGGCUCCCUUGGCAGAGGACAUGACAUCUUAUGAGGAGUGGGGUGUGGGUACACCUACUGACGAGCAAGUAGCGAGCAUAAAAGAGAUGAUGGCAAAAUGCACGUGA